AUGCUUCUUUACAAUAGAUUCUUAUUAAGCAAAUUUGAGCCUGAUGUUGUAAAAAUUAAUUUUUCUAAGACCAUUUUAAACAACAUUCUAUCAAACUCAAUAGGAAAUCCAACUACAAGAGAUGAAAUAAUUCAUUAUAAAAGAGCCCGAAAGUUGAAUAAACUGUCGCCUCUUAUUUUUAACAGAUAUAAACCUAAGGUUAAGCUAUUGGCGUCCACUCUGAGUUCUGAUUCCUUUCCUCGAAACCAGAUUCCUGAGAUUUGCAUAUUCGGUGCUUCUAAGUCUGGCAAAUCUAGCCUUUUGAAUGCCAUUUUAAACAAACCAAAUUUAUCAAAAGUUCAAUUCAAGACUAACAAAUUACACUUCUUUCAGGUUGGAGGAAGUAAUGGUAUUGUGAUGUUGGUUGAUAUGCCAAACUGUAUUAAACAGAACAAACCCGACGAGAAUUUAAAGAAUGAGAAGAUAUUGGAAAUUUGCUUAAAUUACUUAAAGUACCGAGAAAACUUGGUAUUGACCAUUAUCAUAAUCGACUCUUUAAAAGGGAUCACUAGUGAGGAUCUACACAUUAUAAACUUCUGCAACCAUAACCGAUUAAACUUUUUAGUUGUCUUAAACAAGUCUGACUUAUUCAAACCUGUAGAACUAACUAAGAAAAUACAAACGAUGGAAACUCAACUAAACUCGUUUAAAUACAAGAUAAAUAACAUUGUCCCAGUAUCCUCAACUAAACUCCAAAAUAUUAACCAAUUACAUCAAAUUUUGACUGAUUUCAUAAAUAACACCAAGAGCAACACCGACUCCCAAAUCGCCACUCCCAAAGGCACUCGGCUCCCUAAAAUUAAGAACAUUAACACUCCUACUAAUAACUUGUUGGAUCAAGCCAAUUCCGUUGAAAAUGAUUUGGUACCUAGUAAAGAAGAUGACGGUUUUCCCAAUGAGAUGUGUGUCAACACUCAAAUCAAACCUAUCAACUUGCCUAAUAACGACAACGUAUUCAUUAAAUUGAACAUAAAUAUCAACGAUUUGGUCAAGGCCAGUGAUGAUUCCAUUUCCAAUACCAGUAGUUUAGUGACUUCUACCAGUCCUUCACCUGCCAGUGAAGUGGAUGAAAUGAAGUCUUUAUUUGAUGCCAAGUGUAUGAAUGCCUUAACUACCAAGUAUAGAGUAAACAAAUUAAAACUGAACACGAGUUAUAAGAGAAUAUUCAAGCUAUACAGGUCAAAACAACUUUAAGUUUAAUAAUUAACACAACUAAUAAUAUUUUUAAUGUAUAA